AUGGUUGACAUGGACAGCCUAUCCAUUUCCGAUGCCCCUCCCCGCGGCCCGCCCCAGCCGUCCCCUCAGCUACCGCCGCAGAUGUUCACGACGGCCGCCCAACUAUUAGACCUGACGGACAAAAAGCUCAUGGUUGUUUUGCGCGACGGGCGGAAGCUGGUUGGCAUCCUGAGAAGCUGGGACCAGUUCGCCAACCUCAUUCUCCAAUCCACGAUAGAACGGAUAUUCGCCCCCGUGUCGGACAGCGACGGCUCCGAACCGCCCAAGGGGUACUACGCAGACAUAGCACACGGUAUAUUCCUCGUCCGAGGCGAAAACGUGCUGCUGUUGGGCGAGAUUGAUCUGGACAAGGACGACGAUGCACCCCCUGGAUUCGAGCUCGCCGACUUGGAGGAGGUGAAAAUGCUUGCGGAAAAGAAAAAGGCCGCGGACAAGAUCAAGGAGAAGGCGCGGCUGAAGAAGCUUGCCAAGAUCGGAUUCGAGGGCGAAAAUCUGGGAGACAGUGGCUUUUGA